AUGCAAUCGUUAAGGCUAGUUGGUGGGAGAACUGGUAAUACUUAUCCAGGCCUUUGCAGGCUUGGAAUAAAAUAUGCAAAUGGCUUUAUGCCAUAUGAUGCAUUUCAAUGUUUUGUUAAAGCAAUCAAGCUGAAUCAAGAAAGAGGAGAGGCUUGGAUAAACCUUGGUAUACUAUAUGAAAUUUUUGAUCAAUUUGACCAAGCAAGAGCAGCUUACAAAGAAGCUGAAAGCAUAGAAGAUACAGAAAACAUUGGAAAGCAAAUGGCUAGCCUAAUCGGGGUGAGGAAAAAGAAGGAUUUACAAUUUUUUUAUCCAUUAACAAAAAUUCAAGGAAAUUGCACGGAAAAGAGAGCAAGGAAAGACAUUGAAGAUUUUCAAGACCUAGGAAGGCCAAAUAAAAAGCUUAAGCUAAGGGAUCGAAAUUAUGACGAAGAUGCCAAGACUGCUAUUACCUUCAAUGAUAUCAUGAAUAACUUAGAAAAAAGUGAGUUAUAUAUGAUAGAGGACAUAGCAAAGUUUUUGUUAGAGCCUAAAUUAGAGUAA